AUGCGUCGCGCUACUGUCUCGUUUGCGCUAUGUGCGCUGCUGUCCGUGUCCGUGUUCGCGACGACGGUCGAGGCGGGCACGCAGAGGCUGGGCGACGAGUGCAACUGGACGAAGAACUGCCAAUCGUACGUGGAAGGAGCGGGCCCCGGCUGGGCGAAUGGCGAGGUCACCUGCGCUGUGCCCCAGGACCAUGCGCCCGAAUCGUGCGGCUCUGGCGACAAGAAGAAGCGCAACAAAUUCUACGGCACCUGCAAAGCCGUGGGAAUGCUUGAAGCCACCGAAUACGGCUGCGGCUGCGGCGUCCACAAGGGCAACUGCCCUGAGGCCAGCCCCUUCAGCCGCAUCUUCUGGCCCCAAAAUUGGAUGGACGAUUACUUCAAAGCUUCUCACAAGUAA